AUGUCCAGUGAUAGAGCAUGCAUGUUAUGUGGUAUAAUCCAAACGACGAAUGAGUUUGGUAGAGAAGGUUGCCCAAACUGUCAAGGUGUCUUUGAACAAGCAGGUGUCUCUGCAAUGGAAUGCACAUCACCAUCUUUUGAAGGUAUGGUCGGGAUGUGUAAACCUACAAAAUCAUGGGUAGCAAAAUGGUUAAGUGUAAACCAAGGUAUUCCAGGUAUAUACGCUAUUAAAGUUGAUGGUAGGUUACCUCCGGAAGUAGUUGAACUAUUGCCACAUUAUAAACCAAGAGACGGAAGUCAGGUUGAAUAG